AUGGAUGGCUCGACAGCGUCUUCGAAUCUCCCCUACUCAUCAAAUACACCUCAUGCACUGGACAGCUCGACCAGCGACACCGAUGGCGCAACUCAGCAAAGCUUCGACAACAGGAGCUUCUGCCGCCAGAAACGGCGACGGACCAGUCCUCAGGACCAGAUGAUACUGGAGGCAGCAUACAAGAACGAUCCGAAACCUGACAAAGCUGCUCGUUUAGAGCUCGUGAAGCAGACCUCUUUGGGCGAGAAGGAAGUUCAGGAGAAGCGAGUCAUCGCUACAACGCAGCCUUUCUGUGAAGUGCAUGCCGCCUCCGGCGCCAGCAGCACGAAGACAGCUUAG